ACCGAAUUCGCUACUCCCGCUCUGCUCCGUUUAUGGAAGAACCAACUGACGGAGGAGGAGGGGGAGGGGGAGGAGGAGGAGGAGGAGGAGGCGUCGACGGCGACGGAGGAUCCCCUUCCCAUGGAAUCUUAGAUCCACAGCCUUAGGAAUUCAUCUCGCUCCGCGACGUGCGCGUGCCUUUGUCGUUCGCUCUCGGAUUCAUUUCGUCGUCCGUCGAGGUGGGGAUUCCUCCAUGGGCAAGGGCGGCCCCUGCUGCUUCCGCCGGACGUCCGGCCGCCGCCGCCUCAAGAAGACCGCGGAGUCGUCGUCGCGCCCGGCCGCUUCCUCUCCGCCCCAGGACGAGGUCAAUCGGAACCGGGGCGACGAUGUCUCGGCGAUCGCGAGCGCCGGCGCCGGCGGAGGCGCGGCUGUGGCGGCUUCGGGCGGAGGCAAGGGGAAGAAGAAGGCGGGAGGGGGUAGGAUGUGGCUCUGGACGAGGUUUGACCGCGCUGGGCGGUCGGAGUUGUUGGAGUGCGAGAAGAGCGCAAUCGUGCGGAGAGUUUCGAUUCCCGCGAGGGAUUUGAGGAUUCUCGGUCCUGUCUUCUCUCACUCUUCCAACAUUCUUGCUAGAGAGAAAGCCAUGGUUGUCAACUUGGAAUUUAUCAAGGCUAUAGUUACUGCUGAAGAGGUGCUGAUACUUGAUCCAGUCCGGCCGGAGGUACUUCCGUUCGUGGAUCAGCUCAGGCAGCAACUCCCGCAUAAAAGUGCAUUUAGGACCCAAGAAUGUGGCCCUGUGGGAGAUCCUGAGAUGAAUGUUUCUGCAGGCAGACAUUGGUUACCUGUUCCUGAGGCUGCGGAGGGUUUGCAAUGUGAGCUCCCCUUCGAGUUUCAGGUUCUUGAGAUAGCACUAGAGGUUGUUUGUACUUUUCUAGAUUCCAGUGUGGCAGAACUUGAGAGAGAUGCCUACCCUAUCAUAGAUGAGUUGGCCAGGAAUGUUAGCACCAAAAAUCUCGAGCACGUGCGAACUUUGAAAAGUAGUCUUACUCGCCUUCUUGCACGAGUUCAAAAGGUGAGGGAUGAAAUUGAACAUCUAUUGGAUGACAAUGAAGACAUGGCACAAUUGUAUCUAACAAGGAAGUGGAUGCAAACUCAGCAGCCCGAAUCUCUGUUGGGAGUUGGGGGUUCAAACAUUGUCAACUCUACUGGGCCCCCUCUUCGUCGAAUCAGCUCUACCAGGAGUGGAAGUCUGGUGACUAGCAAUUACUUGGAUGAUAAUGACGUGGAGGAUCUAGAGAUGCUACUUGAAGCUUAUUUUAUGCAGCUGGAUGGAACUCGUAACAAGAUUCUGUCUGUUAGGGAGUAUAUUGAUGACACGGAGGACUAUGUUAAUAUUCAACUGGACAACCAGAGAAACGAAUUAAUUCAGCUGCAGUUGACAUUGACGAUUGCAUCUUUUGCUAUUGCCAUUGAAACCUUGAUUGCUGGGUUGUUCGGCAUGAACAUCCCUUGUCCGUUGUAUAACGUAAAUGGGAUAUUUGGCUUCUUUGUGGGAGGUACCUCAGCUGGCUGUAUUUUGAUCUUCUUUCUUAUUUUAGGUUAUGCAAGAUGGAAGAAGCUACUUGGCUCUUAAGACUUCUACAUCGAUAGCGUUUUCCUGUUUCAUUUUCUGUUAAGUGAAAAUGGGGAUUGAAUGUGUGAGCUUGUUCACCGAUCCAAAUGAUCAUGUAAUGGCCACAGUGCUAUUGGCCUCGAUACCGGAUAUGUGAAUAAGUUUUAUGGUGCAUUGAGGCGUGGAAUGAACUUGGCUUUUAGCAUAA